UCGUUCUUCUCGAACCACCAGUUAUAAUUACAAUUAUCUAAUCUUCGAGACGUAUCAUUGCUGCAAAAUGUUUGAAUACUUGAGUACUGCGAUAGUGAUAGUUACAACAAUUUUUGUUAUUGUAUACCUGUAUUUCAAGUACAUCAGCUUCAAUUAUUGGAAAAAACUUAACGUUCCAUAUGAAUCUCCGUCAUUCCCAUUCGGAAAUGUACCGAUUUCGUAUUUUCUAGGUUACUUGCCGAUUGGCGACCUGGUAAAAGCGACGUAUGAUCGAUUUAAAAAGCAUCCGUUUCACGGAAUCUACAUUUUUCACAAACCAAUACUCGUCGUUAAUGAUCCAGAGUUAGUAAAAAUUGUGCUCAUCAGAGAUUUCUCGAAAUUCAUCGAUCGCGGAUGGUACCACGAUGAAAAGACUGAUCCUCUUUCGAACAACUUAUUCUUUCAACCUGGCGAAAAAUGGAGAAGACUGAGAGGCAAAUUUACUCCAAUUUUUACGCCACAAAAGCUGAAAAACAUUCACGGCCUGAUGGUGACAAUGGCUAACGAAAUGAUUAAAGUUAUGGACGAAGAACUGGAGAAAUCUGAUACUUUGGAAAUGAUGAACAUUGUCAGAAGGUUCACAACGGAUAUCAUUUGCACCGUUGUGUACGGACUUGAGACCGGCACCUUGAAUAACGCGCAAAGUGAAUUCCGUAAAUAUGGAAUGAAAAUUGCUGAUUUCGGCAGAAUAACUCAAUUGUUUGCGAUGUUUCUUCCGGAAGUUCUUGAAAAUAUCACUAUUCCAUUCUUCAACGCCGAGACGAAGAACUUUUUCCGUGACAUUUUCAAUCAAGUUGUGGAAUACCGCCGCGAAAAGAAUAUCGUGCGGAAGGAUAUGCUGAAUCUGUUGAUACAGCUAGUUGAUAAGGGUAGCGUGGAAGACGAGGAAAGCACACUCGGCGCCAAUGACAAAGAUCGGAACCCCGACAAAGUGAGCAUGUUAGAAGCAGCUGCGCAGGCUUUUAUAUUCUUUUUGGGCGGUAUCGAAACUACAUCCUCAACUGUAUCCUAUUGUUUACUCGAGAUGGGCCUGAAUCCAGACAUACAAAAUAAAUUACAAGAAGAGAUCGAUAGAGUUGUCGAAAGUACGGAGGGCGUGACGUACGACGCUCUUAUGGAAAUGGAAUAUCUAGAGAUGGUUAUAACCGAAACGAUGAGGAAGUAUCCGCCGGUUGCUUUGCUAAACAGGAUGGCACUGGAGGACUUUCCAGUUCCCCACUCAGAUUUCGUAAUACCGAAAGGGAUGCGCAUAAUAAUUCCAGUGACUGGCCUACAUAAUGAUCCCGCACAUUAUCCUAAUCCAGAUAAGUUCAAUCCAUCUCGACAGAGCAAAGAACAGAUUGCUUGUCGAAAUCCUUGUCUUGAAUUGGCGUUUGGUAAAGGUCCGCGAGACUGUAUUGGAAGGAGAUACGGUGGCGUACAAUCGAAGCAGGCAGUCGUAUCGGUAUUGUAUCGUUACAAUGUUCGCGUGAGCGACAAAACAAAAUUUCCAAUAACAUUCAACACGGAGAACAUCAUACAGCAGCCCGGCAGCGGCAUUUACCUUCACUUCGAGAAACGAAGAAAAUAAAUAUUGAACAGCUUGACGCAUUUACUUUUAGCUCUGAUAACUCCUUUUGCUUGUAAAAUUGGUGCGUUUCGUCAGUGGCGGGUAUAUCGCCCGGAUGGCGUUUUAGAACGUCAGAUUUGAUGUAUUUGUGUCAAAUGAAAAUUAGAGACUGAAUCGCAUAAUUUGCGCAGACAAAAUAAAAUUUUAGUACAUGACGUAGUAAAUAGAAUAAAAGUACGAUUGAUCCAUUGACUCUUCCAGAUCCAUUAUCAAAGGGCGCCAUCGUCGGUAAAACGCGAAUCAUGACAAUUCUUCAACAAGCAGCCAAGUCUUUGUAAAAAAUAACGCGGAUAGGAAAAACGAAGGUGGCUAAUAAAAGUUGUGCAACGGCUUCGACCUUUCUCACCGAAGCAAUCAAUUUCGACAGCAAUAUCGUACAUCGCAAAACCCCAACGUUAUGCAUUACAAGACCAUGAAAAUUAGUUCGAAAAAAGGGAAAAAAACAACAGUUACAUUGUUCUCAUCAUCGCUAUAUAUUAGUAUAAGAUCUGUAUAUUUCACAGCUUGCACAUGGCGAUCUUUUUUCCAAAGCGCAUAACGUGUGUGUGUGCAAUAUCGCGAGCUCGAGGACGUGACAGUGCAAAUCCGGGAAAAGUCGAUUGCGCGAAGGCGUAUAGCCGUGCGAGUGUAAUGGCGUCUAAUAAUGGAGGACGCCGGUCAAUGUUGCCGAUAUUUUUCUUUUUCUCUUUGCUCUCACUAUUCUCACUCGCUCGGCCGUUGAUGCAAUUUCAUUGUGCCGAGGUAUAUACGAGUACAUAUAUAUUAUAUAUACAUAGCACUGAAGCUAUACUUACAAUCUUUAACAUUGAUCGUCUACUACGCUUUGGGCGUUUCCGUGUUUGAUGGAUCGCCAGCAGCGCCGGUCAGCGUUUCUGUAUUAUAGAUUUCAAUCGAUCCCUCAUUAAUCACUCGAUAGAGACAAUGGGCUGCCUCAACUUGUGAAGUUCAUCGCGUGGGCGACCUUUAAAAAGAAAGCAAUACGCGUAUAACUCAUCUCUGCAGGAGUAAAUUUUCAUUUGCAUGGCGGCUCGCGCUGAUUACUGUUAUUAUCACUGAUAAUAGCAGAGGCCAGCUCCUGUGGGAACGUUGGCUAUGCGUGAAAGAUGUAUAACUUUGAAAAGAUAAAUGCAAGACAGAAGCUGCUUGGACGCUUACUGUCCGGAUGUUUGAUUUGCUAGCAACCUUGCGAGGCAACAUAUUCUUUUUUUUUUUGUGUGUGUACAACGCUACUCGUAUUUUCAGCGUAGAUUAGCAUGCCGCGGUAAAACUGCAACAAUGAGUUUUACCUCGCGACUUUAAUGCGAAGGGCGUUUACUAAGAGUACACGCUGGCGUACUUCGUACAUCGUCAUUUUUUCAAGAGGAAAACAACGCGCAACCGUGAAACGGUCUCUCGAUAAAUAAUCUCGGAAUUUGCUUCGGAAAAUUGCUAUUCGAAACGUGAGAUGAAAUUUCUGCAACUCGUGCAAUUCCUUACUUGAGUAGACUUGGGCGUCAGAAAAUCAACCUGAAAACUUGCAAGCUGAAUCUGCAAGAGCAGGCUUCUGUUAGUAAUUGGCUGUAACGAGUUUAAGAGUUAAUAUAUUAUGUAUUGUAGAAACAAUAACUUUGUGUACAUUUACAAAUCAUUUAUUUUUAAUCAUCACAAACUUAUGUAUUACAGCAGACAUCAUCCGAAACUCGGGAAAUAAAUGUGUAAAACAAUGAACGAGCUAUUGCAAAAAAUGAAAACAAAAGGUAA